GACUGUGUAGUCAGUGUUCGCGAGGUGGUGAGAGCGAGUAGGCAAAGGUAGCAGUUCUCCUCUCCCGGACCCGUUGGAGAUUAAUUGACAACUUCCGCGACAAGUUCAUGGAGACAUAUUGCGGAAACGUGAUCUAAAGGAUAAAUGAAUCCGGAGACAACUUUUAUCACCGAGUCACAACAUCCUCAACCUCUCGCAGGAGUUAUUCAUCACAACAAGCAAGACCUGUAAACAUCACUUUGUAACUCCGAACACUCACCAUGGCUUUGGACUUCUUCGCAGGAUGUCUUGGAGGUUGUGCGGGCGUCUCCGUGGGUCACCCCUUCGACACAGUGAAGGUCCGCCUCCAGACACAAGACUUCCACAACCCACAGUACAGGGGGACGUGGCAUUGCCUCAGCGACACCAUUAAAAAGGAAUCGGUACGUGGGCUGUAUAAGGGUAUGUCUUCACCAAUGGCAGGAGUAUCCAUCGUCAACGCCAUUGUCUUCGGGGUUCACGGCAACAUGACCAAGCACAUGAAGGAUCCAGACUCACUCAGGUCACAGGUCCUGUGCGGGGCCACGGCAGGCUUCUUCCAGGCGUUCGUGUCGUCUCCAAUGGAGCUGGUUAAAACACGCGUCCAGUUGCAGACAGAGGCUUCCGGUGCAGCCAUCAAGAGCCUGUCUACCGCUGCGUCUUCCCACAACACCAUCACCAACUGUGCCAGCUACAGCAGCCCCUUAGACUGCUUGAAGAAGAUUUGCACCACAGAAGGCUGGCGAGGGGUCUUCAGAGGACAACUCAUCACUGUCGUCAGAGAUGUGCCAGGAUUUGCCUCGUACUUCUUCACCUACGAGUACCUCAGCCGCUCGUUGGCUAGCAGUGAUGGCUCCGUGUCACCCCUCGCUGUACUGUUUGCUGGAGGCCUUGCUGGCGCUGCCUCUUGGGUCUUCACCUACCCUAUUGACUUCAUCAAAUCCAGAAUUCAGGCUGAUGGGAUCAAUGGCAUGGCCAAGUACAAGGGCAUCAUGCACUGUGCCAAGACCAGCAUUGCCUCGGAGGGGUUCGGUGCCUUGUUCCGAGGCCUCAACUCCGCCCUUAUCCGUGCAUUCCCGACCAACGCCGCCACAUUUGCUGUUGUUACUUGGACUCUUAAGAUGUGUAGAGCUCAGGAGGAACAUGACGAUAUUGGACAUUCCUGGAGAGAAAUCCUGGCUGGAGGUGAGGGUCUGAUCAAGGCAGCAGGGAUACCCGCGUCUUUAGAGCUCACGCUACAACACCAAAGGAAGUGGCGAGAGGUUAUAUCCUUCUUGCCACAAGUCAUGGCAGCUUCUAAAAUGAACGCAAACUCCGAGGAGGAGAAGAAGGAAGAAGCGAAUCAAAUACAAAGAAGGUGUAGAUGUGGAGAGAAGAUCACCCCCUACUCCAUUAUGGGAAGAAUACCUGACUUAUGGACGAGAAGAUGUGACGAUAUCCUCUACUGCACACGACCCUCUCUCUGGGCGCUUACUAAACACCAACAUAACCUUAGUAUAGUGUUAUAGUUACUUUACUAAUUCUGAUCCCAUAAGCGAUACUGUUGAAAACGGGGGAGAUAUUUCAAUUGUUUUCCGAGUUUGAUAUUGUGAAAAACUAUUCAUGUAAACUGAUGUUGUACGAGGCAACAUUAUUAUUGUCAAUAUACAGUAAUGAAAUAUCUCAACAAGAGUUGCAACACUGUCGGUUGUGAGGGUGAAUCUAAUGACAAAACGCUGCUGUCUUUGGACGGGGCAAAUAUAUAUAUAAAUAUAAAUAUAAAUAUAUAUAUAUAUAUAUAUAUAUAUAUAUAUAUAUAUAUAUAUAUAUAUAUAUAUAUAUAUAUAUAUAUAUAUAUAUAUAUAUAUAUAUAUAUAUAUAUGUGUGUGUGUGAAAAUGACAAAUAUAUAACUCUCUUAUAGAGGGUUUUAACCUUUAAGUUAUAUACAAGUGUAGCAUGAACAAGAAUUACCUGUAACACCUCUCUUCAGUAGUUGCUGAAGAGUUUGUCCUUAUAUACCCAAGUUUGCUUAAGCAAAAAAUAUUUAGUCAUGAAAACUGCGAGUGUUGCACUCAAUUGGCUUUGUCUAAAAUGUUACAGUUAACUUGUAGAAUGAAAACAUUCCUGUGUGAGAGUUAGUGGACCACAUUCGUGUCUAAGUUAUGAUGUCAUGUGUGUGUGAGUGUGUGUGGUGUUACCAGCCCGUGCUGGCAAUUUUUUCUUUCUCGUUUUCACGUUAUUCUUUUAGUCUCAUUGAAAAUUCAUAUACAAUAUGUAAAACAUGGGGAUUGUGGGUACCCCAUACCUCAUUAGUCAUUGGUAAUUGGCUCACCUUUUUUACACUUAAAAGUAGUCUUUAGGUUUAGAAUUAUUUAUUGAAAGUGCAGAGGGGUGGUAUAUUUGGUCAACUCUCAUGCAAGUGCCAGGAUGGCUGCCUCUUGUUCCUGAAAUUGCACUGUCUUGGGUUUUUGGUGGCCAUGCCACUUCACUGGCCACCACACACACCCUGGUAAGUUAAUAUCUCAUCCAAUUGUAUUCUCUUCUGUAUUUUACCCUCCUAUCUGUUCAUGCUAUGAUAUAGUAUGCUUUUUGUGCCAAUAAAAUGGUCAGCAAGUA